GCUAUGGGUCAGAGAAAAAAAAAAAGAAGUCUAAACACUACGGCUGAUAAAAUCUUUGAAACUCUUACUAGUCCUCUUAGCUAAAGAUUUUCAGAGUUUGGGUCUCAUUAGGGAAUGCAGAGAGAUGGUUGGAGCUUCGCUGACAAGGCCUGAGCUCAGUUUGCGAGCCAAGAGGUGUAUGGGCGGCCGGAAUUGCCACCGGAAACACGUCGAAGACGGCUUAAUUUUGUAGCAGAGGGUGAAAAUUCAAGAGAAAUUAAAUGGGUGACAACAAGUGUAAAGAUGGUAAUUCAACGUUGCUACAUGGGAAAUACGAGCUUGGUCGGCUUCUGGGUCACGGUACUUUCGCCAAGGUGUACCAUGCCAGAAACUUACAGUCCGGGAAGAGCGUGGCGAUGAAGGUUGUGAGCAAAGAGAAAGUGAUCCAAGUGGGUAUGAUGGAGCAGAUCAAGAGAGAAAUCUCGGUGAUGAAGAUGGUACAGCAUCCAAACAUAGUCGAGCUCCAUGAAGUUAUGGCGAGCAAAUCAAAGAUCUACUUCGCUAUGGAACUCGUCCGUGGAGGCGAGCUGUUCUCGAAAAUCGCUAAGGGUCGGCUUAAAGAAGAUGUGGCGAGAGUCUAUUUCCAACAACUCAUCUCCGCCAUCGAUUUCUGUCACAGCCACGGUGUCUACCACCGAGAUCUCAAGCCUGAGAACUUGCUCUUAGACGAAGAAGGUAAUUUGAAAGUCACUGAUUUCGGUCUCAGCGCUUUCACUGAGCAUUUGAAGCAAGAUGGGUUGCUACACACAACGUGUGGCACACCGGCUUAUGUGGCGCCUGAGGUGAUUGGUAAGAAAGGCUACGAUGGUGCCAAAGCUGAUCUUUGGUCUUGUGGAGUUAUCCUGUAUGUUCUUCUAGCUGGGUUUUUGCCAUUUCAGGAAGAUAAUAUUGUGGCCAUGUAUAGGAAGAUUUACAGAGGUGACUUCAAGUGUCCACCAUGGUUUUCUUCAGAAGCUCGGAGACUGAUUACAAAGCUUCUCGAUCCGAAUCCGAUGACAAGAAUCACAAUCGCGAAAAUCAUGGAUUCUUCUUGGUUCAAAAAGUCAGCACCCAAGUCAAUCCUAACUAAAGAGGAGCAAGAAUAUCAGGAGUUCGAGAAAUCGCCAUUCAAACAGUCCGAGACUUUGAACGCGUUCCACAUAAUAUCGUUGUCCCAAGGGUUAAAUUUGUCGCCGCUGUUCGAGGAGAAGAAGAGGGAGGAGAAGGAGGAGCUGAGGUUCGCGACGACGAGGCCGGCGAGCAGUGUGAUAUCGACGCUGGAGGAGGUGGCGGCGAAGAGUGGGAAUUUCAGUGUGAAGAAGAGCGAAUCGAGGGUGAGACUUCAAGGGAACGAGUGUGGACGUAAAGGGAAGCUGGCUAUUGCGGCGGAGAUUUUCGCCGUGACGCCGUCGUUUCUGGUGGUGGAGGUGAAGAAAGACAAUGGCGAUACCUUGGAAUACAAACAGUUCUGCAGUAAGGAGCUCCGGCCGGCUCUUAAAGACAUCGUUUGGACCUCGCCCGCCGACGAUUCCACACUACUUGCUUAAAUCCAAUAUUUUGUGUGUGACUAUUGUUGUUAUUGUCGAUGUUAUUAUUAUUAUUAUUAUUAUUAUUUGUUGUCAAUUAUGGUGGAAGAAUUGAAACAUUGGGGACUAGAAGACUAUGGUCUCAAUCAAUCUUAAAAUUUAAAUCUAUGAGUCUGUGUGGAUGGUUUUGUGUCACCAAAGGGUGAUCCUCUGUGAAAAAAUAACAUUCGUUUGUUUGGUUC